CGUCCCCCAUCCCAUAAAGCCAGCUCCCCCUGCUCUUCCUCACCGGUAUCACUGCUGAAGACGUUGCUGAACCUCGUUGUGUAUUCGGUGGAUUUUAAUCUGCAGACAUGGCUCAGAUCAACACCUGCCUCAAACGCACCUUCACCAUCUUCAACCUUUUCUUCGCGAUUAUCGGCGGCGCCAUCAUCGUGCUCGCUCUGCUGUGUCAGUCCCUCACGAACAUCGAUGGCGGAGACGGUCUGGAGGGUCGGACCACCGGCCUCAUCGUCCUCUAUGUGGUGGGCGGUAUUACCAUGGUGAUCGCCAUCCUGGGAGCCUAUGGGGCCCACAAGGAGAGCAAAGUGUGCCUGAUCGUGUUCCUGGUGUGCAUGGUUAUUGGAAGUCUGCUGAUGCUCCGAGCUGGGAUCCCCUCUGCCAUCUUCCGCCCCCAGCUGGAGGGCGUGUUGGAGCAAAGGUUCCGUCAGGUUCUGCCUCUGGACAAAGCUUCAGAUGAAGUGAAGAACGUCGCCGACGCCCUGCAGACAAAGAUGCACUGCUGCGGCCUGUUCAGUUACACGGACUGGGAGGACGAAAUCCCCUCCUCCUGUCUGUGCAACCAGGAGGAGGAGAUGGAGGGUCUGUGUCAGUCCAUAGGCUACAUGCGCCUCCUGCAGUUGGGGCCCCAAAGGUCCGUCUACACCAAACCCUGCUUCCCCAUCAUGAUGCAGUACUUCCUGCUGAUCGCUGACAUCGUCCUCGGCGUCGUCUUCACUCUGGCUAUCCUGGCGCUGCUCGGCAUGACGCUGUCCUCCAUCAUGAUCCACCAGAUGCGUUACCCAGAAAGACCCACUCUCCUGAUGCAUGUCCCCGCCAUCUUCACCACUCCUCCUCCCAAAUACCAGGAGCUGCACAACCCUCCGGAGUACUAGAGGAGCGGUUCGCAGCGGUUAGCUGCUGUUAGCUUCCAGUACAGGUUCAAGAAGUGAUUGUGUUGUUUUCUCUGUUUAAUUCUUGAAUUUGAGGCGAUAUAUGCAGUUAGAGGGCCGCGUGUCCAAAGUGCCUUACGUCACCAUGAGGGGUCCGACUGUCGGCUCCAGUGGGAUCAACGGGAACGCUGCUGGUUUCUUUUUCUAAUGCGUUACUCAUUUUAGUUUGGUGUAGAUUGAAGCUGAUUGGUCGGUGCCGUUAUGGGGCGGGGCUUGUAUAUUUGUCAGAAACUGUUGAGUUUUAAUUUUCCUGUUUUUCUAAUCUAAUUUCACUGUUCAACAAAAUGGUUGUUUUGAGAGAGACGGAAAGAAAAGCUUUGAGGGCGAAAAUCAUUUACUCCAAAUUUUGACUUUUUCCCACCGACGAGGAUUCAGGACAUAAAUAGCACAAAGAUUAAUUUCUCUGUUGAAAGUCACAAGGUUAAUCUGUAAAGUCAGACAUUUUUGGUCUGAAUGAGACCAAACCUGUGAAAUUUGUGACUUUAAUUGUGAAAAAAACACAAUCUCUCAAGAUAUUUGGUAUCUUUAAAUAAGAGAAUUAGUGCGUAUCCCCCCCCCUCCCAGUUUAAAGCUGAUACAGAAACACAUUAGAGCCAAACUCCAUUUAAAAAAAGUGACAAUUUUAAGUUUACGUUUAACGCCCUCUCUUGCUUUUCUUUACGUUCCACACAAACUUCAGAAACGUUUCAGAUUUUAGUUUUUGUACUGUAAAGGUCACUGCUGUAGUUCUUCCUAAUUCUUAUUCAGCAAAUGGCCUUAUAGUGAUUUAUAAAAUACCAUAAGUGCCAAAAAUACAGCUUGCUCUGCACUUGAAUAAACCACUGGAACUGCAAUAUUUUUAUUUUAUUGAGCUAUUUUUGACAGCAGAAAGCUGUAGAAUGUUUCUUAAACCUGGAUCCAGCAGUUCACCCUCGCCUCCGUUACAGUCACUUAUUUUCUAUAUACACACAUAUAUUUUAUUCUGUGUUUAUGUUAGUGAAUGUCACUGUGGGUCUUUCUGUUACUGUCAUCACUCAUCUACAUUAAUCCUUUGAUUGUAUGCUUAAAUCAACCCUUCAUAAUCUACAUUUCCAGUAUGUCAGAAACAAUGGGGAGAUUUUAUUUUGAAAACUGACGAAGCUUUCGGGGUUGUCCUGCAGAGGCUGCGAGGUUCAGUCCAACUAAAAUAUAUUUUUUUUUAUAUUGAGUAGUGUAUAAAAGGUGUUUUGAAGAGAAUAAAUGAGUGAUGUGAAACAGGAGAAAAGGGAUUUAUUCUUCAUGUUUUUCAUUUUCUUUGUAUCACGUUGGAUUCUCUGUGCUGAGGUGAUUCUGUUGAUUCCCAAUGACUUAAAGAAAUAAACCCGAUAAAAGAAA